GCCUCAUCGCUGGACAGCAACACACAAUGUUCGCACGCGAGUGUGUUCGUGUUGAUCUCUGGCAGUGAUUGUCGGCUUGUUUUGUUGUUUGCUGUGGCGAUUUUAACUAAAUAGUGGUCUGCGUACGUUAAUGUGCGUUCAUGCGACAUUGGCAAUGACUUUGGUGAUGUAGUAUGCAUGCCGAUGGCCGGUAAACGACACAGAUGGUCACGGAAAAAGUAAAUAAAGGGAUCUACCGCGAUCAAGAAUCCGAUAAGCGGGAGCGUACGUUGACCACUGGUGUGUACGCAUAUUGACUACUGUGAUACGAGUUACUCACUAUACUGGUAGUACUAGUAGUACUCGUCGCAUUACAGCUUGAUCCUACAUCGGUCACGUCACUACCAUCGAUAUUGGACUAUAAAGUUGCUCUGCGUUACAUGUAAAUUUUCUUAAAUGCUCGUCAGCAACAUGGCAACCACUCUGAGUGGUGCAGGGUUCUUCUGGGCGUUCCUCUCCAUGGUGACGGCGACGCUCUGCUGCACAGGGUACUACCUUCCCUACUGGCUGCACGGCACGAUGCUCAACGCCACGGACGUCUACUUCGGGACGUUCCGCCGCUGCAACUAUCCGCGCGUCGACGACGACGGCGCCGUCGUCGUCGUCAACGAGUGCGGACGCUACACGACGCUCGCCGACGUACCCAGCCUCUCGUGGCAGAUCUGCGCCGUCGUCGUCGGUGUCGGCUGCGGACUGCUUCUCCUGGUCGGCUUCACGGCGAUCUUCGCCUGCUGCAUCAGCGACGUCGUCAGCAAGGGGGCGGCGCGCGUUGGGGGCGUGCUACAGCUACUCGCAGGAGUUUUGGUGGCAGCAGGCUGUGCUCUCUAUCCAAACGGUUGGAACAGCAGAGAAGUAAUGGAGGCGUGUGGCCAGCUCUCGCAAGCCUAUAAACUCGGUACUUGCAGGAUUUCCUGGUCGUACUACAUGUCGUGUAUCGGAGCUGUGCUAUCCAUCAUCUGCUUCUGUCUCUCCUUCAAAGCGACAAGGGGAAAGUCAACAAUCUAUACUGCCAGGGUAUAGACGAGGGCAUCGCAGCGUGAAUCCGCAUAGUGUGCUAUUACCAGAGAAGUACUCUUUCAUUAGCAGGAAUUAGCUGGCAGGGAUCUGUCAAUUAUUAAGCUACAAAUUACAAGGUUUCUGCAUAAAUGCAUUCAAAGGAGCUCUACUUAUAGAAGUCUAUAGCAAAGCCGGAAUUCAUUGGAAUAUAACUAAUGAUCACUAGGGUUUUGCCAGGUGGUUACUGCCGAAAACUUGGACAGUACAACAGCGUAACUCUAAUCUAAUGUAGCAUCUUCUUUAAAAUGCAGUGGAAGAGCUGUCUAUCAUGACUAAGGUACAGCUUUCUCUGAAACGUUUAAAUAGGAAUACAGAUGAAGAAUUUCACUGCCUUCUCUCGUAAGAGUGAUAUAAGCACAUGGGAUACACUAAAUGUAUGCACGUGACCCGUAUCUAUUGUGGAGUAACAUAAUGUGCAUAACUGCCAGUGUGCAUGGACCAAUACGCCAAGCUAUUCAUUUCGGUACAUUUAUCCGUAUACCCUUGGUAAUUUGAGUGACCCCGACUCAUUCUCCAAACGUCUAGCCCGACUGCUGCUUUUAAUAGAGUAUCUUUCAAGAGUUAUACUGAUACGUGUAACCCACAGUCUCUAAGGGUUUAGUAUUCAAGCUUAGAUUUCAAGUAUUUUCAUGUCUAUAUGUAAGCAUCUCUAACUCGCCAGUACAUUUGGUGACAAGAGAUUAUAGAUUUCCAUUAGCUGCGGCCAUUCCCAACUCUAUUGAUGUGUAACAUAAAAUUGUGAAGAUGUUGAGAACGGAUAAUAUCUUGUUGUGUUGCCACACUGCUUUGCCAAAUCCUUAGGGAUACGUGAGUGCGUUGCAAAAUUAUGGCUUUUGUCAACAUGAGCUAGAACAUAAUUUUAGCUUUUUUACUACUGAAAUAGAGAAGUCUCUGUAGGUUUGCUUUAUCUUGGGUUUUGUUGGGCAGCGAACAAGAUAACAUAGAUCUGUGGCAGUGGAGUGUAUCUGAAGUGGUUAGAAUCUCCUGAAGCAAAACGUAGUUUGGUCUUUUGAUAACCGCAUUGUGUGGCACACUGAAUUAGCUUGCAUGCAGCUGAUAAUGUACAUGUGUGUUUAAGUGAGUAUUAAUUUUCGCAUAUCAGAAUGUCUUGCACACACAUAUUGCUCUACCCUGACUUCGAGCGCAUGUUGUAUAUAUACAUAUAUGUAAACUGAAUUGUGAAAGAUUAGUGUUAUUGUAAUCGGUGUUUGGAAUUGAAUAAUCUGUCUCGUUGAUAGGGGACGGUGUGACGAUAUAUAGGUGUAUUCUGUCGUGUUAUUUUUUGUGAUUUAAACGGCUGCUGCAAAACCGAAAAGUUGCACCGAAUGGCAAUGUAUAUGAAUUCGUUUUAACAAAUCUCGUUCGAUAGAAUAAACAGUAGGUGAUGACAUGAACACAUCUAUAGAUAUAUGGAGUGGUAUCUAGAUAUGUUCAUGGUGAUAGUAUUACAAAAAAGUAAACGUGGUGCGGCACAGGGUUGGUUUUCAAAAUAAGUAGUAGGAGGUAUAUUGGUGUAGGUUUUACAACACCUAUCAAACUUGUUGCUUAAUUCUGUUUAACUACGUAUCUUCUACAAAUAACUCAUUAAUUCGUUAAAAGGGAACGAAUGUUCGUGAAUCUGUGUUGUACAGUGUUUCAUAGUAACGUGUGCAUGUCUACUGAUUGUGUAUAGCAUGGAAACGAGAAUACUGUGUUGUGAAAUGAAGUUUUAACAUAUUUUUCUGAUCGAGGGUGUCUGCUUUCCGAGAGGAUCGGAGUUGUAUUUUUUCAAGUAUUUAUUGAGGAGAGAGAGAGAGAGAGAGAGAUCUCAGAAACAAGCAAACUUAACACAAAUAUUAUAUCGUGUAUGCGUGCUUGUGGAAUGAUAGUGUAAUUGUUGUGCACAUUGUAGAUGUUUUUACCCAAUGUAAUAAAACUGGUAAGGUUUAGUAUUCA